ACUGUGUCGAGUACAUCACAUUUCCCUUGUUAUUUUGCCCCAAACACGCGCUGUACGCGCCAUGUUUUUUCUUUCCAUUUUGAUCGAUGUUCUUACAUCCUAUAUGAUGUCUUUUCGCAGUUGUUUUAUCUAGAGACUAAAUUCAAUUGGUCGAGGAGAUAAAAGCAUGGCAGUGGAACAACAGCAUUUGAAAGCUCUUCCUUCUCGGGGAUGUUUUUCAGCCCCUUUCACUCCUUCCAAUCCUGAUGGUUUGCGACCUUAUGUUUGUGAUCAUGAUACAGCACCUCCAGAGGAUCAAGUGAUUAAAACAGAUUCAACAAACAUAUUAAUCAGAUCUCUUACUCUCAAGAAGGGAAAGACAGAACCUAAACCAAAGGACAACAAAAGAAAACCUGUGGCUGAGAAUGUUAAAGGAAAAAGGCCUGCAGAAAAACCACUUGAUGAUAAAUCAUCUGCAAAGAGACCCAAUUCAGAGGGAGGUUCGAGCAGGUUGUCAGAAAAGGACCUUCAAAGUUUUACGGUGGAAAAACUUCGGUCUCUUCUGAAAGAAAAGGGUUUACCAAUAAAAGGGAAAAAGGAUGAACUCAUUACGCGCUUGAGAUCAUCUUGACGACGUGAGAUUCUUUCCUUUAAUGUUUUUUUAAGGUUCUUAUGAUCUAGGUUUUUGUAUUAUUGGAAAGUUGGCUUCUGAUAAAAAUUUCUCGAUGCCCUCUCAAUGCAAGAAUGUUCUGGACAUUCCCAAGAUGUUAACACUUUAUAUAUAUUGACUUGAUUGUCGCUUAUGAAAUAAUAUGAUGCUGUUGAAUGCUCA